AUGACGUACGAUGCAUAUUGGAAAGGUGUUAUUCUAGAAUAUUUAGAUAAACACAGAGGCAUUGACAACAUAUGCAUCAAUGAUGUUAGCAGUGAAACUGGUUUAAUGAGACAAGACAUUAUAGACACGUUCAAAUCUCUACACAUGGUUGUGGAAAUCUUUAAAGAAAUGACCAUAUGCAUAGACUGGAAUGUUGUAGAUUCCCACAUAAAGAAGAAAAUUGAAUUAAAACAAAUUCAUAUCGACCCAGAUCGAUUGAGGUGGACACCGUCAAAUUUACCGGAUGGCCAAGAUAACCAACAUCUUGAAGAAUUGGUUUUCAUCAAGUGCCUUCCAGGUGGCUAA